AAAUCGCCAACCUCCCUACAUUUUCCAUUCCGAAUUGUGCAGUCCAGAUUAUGGAUCAUCCAUGGAUUGAAGACUCAAUGAUCCAAACCAGUUCGUUCGGUCCAGAGUUGAUUUGGGGCUUGCCUGACAUGGGGCGACUCGUCCGACUUGGGUAGAUUUUCAAUGUUGACUCAGUGGUCCUAAACUGGACUCGAUCGAGUCCAAGUCAAUUUGGAUGAGUCAGCAAUCCAUGGGGUCAUUUAUGAUCCGGAUCGCUGCUUUUGCCGACUUAAAAUUAAGGUUUACACUAAUACGUUGAUGAACCUAGAAUUUCAAAUUCUAUCAUGAGUUUUGCUAAGCCCAGAUGCAUGUGGAAGGGAGCGCAUCUACAUUUUUCCGCUCCGAAUUGUGUGGUCCUGAUUAUGGGUCACUCAUGGAUUGAAGACUCGAUGGCUCAAACUGGCUUGUUUGGUCCCAAGUUGAGCUCGGACUCACGCGACUCAGUCGGUGACUUGUUUGAGCUGGGCAUAUUUUCAAUUUCUGUCUUGUGGUUCCAAACCGGAUCAGACUUGAUUGAGUCGAAGUCGGCUCGGAUGAGUCGCAUCCAACUUGGAUUGGUCAACAAUUGAUAGGAUCAUUUACGAUUUGCAUCGAGGUCCUAUUUGGAUUACUAAUUGCCAUGGUAAGGUAAAAGAAAAGUGUCAUCAUUAUGAUUUUACCACCACCAAACCAAACACAAGAAUCAUUAGUCAAAUACAGAUGUUUCCAGGAGAUAGGGCUAUCAACGGGCCGGGCCUGAGGAUGGCCUCGGCCUAGAUUUUGAAUUGUUUCAGGCUUGGCCGUCGGGCAGGGCCUAUUUAAAAAUUUGGUUUUGGCAGGCCCGAACCCCGCCCAUUGAUGGCUCCACUAGGAGACAGGUAAAAGAAUUUGUAAUCAUUGCAAUUUUCCAUGACAUUACCAUUGAAAUCUUGAAAACAAACAGCGAUGAUUUGACAUUGAAGUAAUAGAAAAAUGCCAUCAUUACGAUUUUACCACUGAUAAACCAAACACGGGAAUCGGCAGUCAAAUGUAGAUAUUAUCAAGAGACAGGUAAAGAAAUUAUAAUCAUCGCACUUUUCCUUUACAAUACGGUUUGCAAUAUUAUGUUGAUUAAGCUAUAAUUUCAAAUUAUAUGUUAAACAUGAGGAUUGCUAUGCCCAGAUGCAUGCGCAAGGGAUCGCAUCUACAUGCCACUCAAUGUGCCAACAGGGAGAAUGUGUUUCAAGUCCAGGUCCCACUGUGUAGAUAGCCCUGCCCAAAAAUCAGGCCAAUCCACUCAUCAAAUAUGGCCAUGUUAGAAACAAAAGAAUGGCUUACUAGAACUUGCAUUUUUUAAUUAAAAAUAAAAAUAAAAAUCUAGCCAUCUAUUUGUUUCAAAUCGUAGCUCAACCGAUCAGCUGAGGUCCGAUUUUUGGUCAAGGCCAUCCGCAACGUGGGACCCAUCUGAUGAACAGCUUGGACAUAGAGAUUUAUGAUGAUAGCAUUCGCCAUUUCCUAUAUAAAUUACAACACCGAUUUUUCGAUGCAUAACUAUUAUGUAUACUUGGUAGUAUGUACUGGAGCGACCCGCAUGAUCCUUGCGUGUGGAGGAAGUUGCGUACCACAUAACCAUUCUCAUAAUACAUACCAGAGCGACGAGGAAUUCAGAAGAGAAAGCAACGAUUGCAUUGUUCCAAGGAAACCCAAUACAGCAGCCAUGCUUCGCGAGGACGGAAGAUUUUCAUCACCAGAUGAAUGGCUGCAAUGGGGUGUAACAGCAGCUGAAAGUUUCAGAUUACCGAACAACUGUAGCACCAAAGUGGCAAAGCCGACCAUGGAAGAAUUUGACUUUGACAGACAAAUCUUGUCCAUUGAAUCCAACCACGUCCCUUCCAUUCACGAAAGCGAAAGCUCUGUAAACUACAGUGCUUGUGGAGACUUCUCUUUUGUUGAUUAUAGCACACCGAAUUCAGAUAAUUCUUCACAAAACGGGCAGGGAUUUUCAAAUGCUUGGCCUGAUUACCAGCUACAGAACAUGUGUGAGAGCAUCGACGGCCUAGGCGGCAUGUUGAUGGAUGACAUUUUCUUGGAUUCAUUACUCAAAGAAGACGCACGGGACGUGGAAUAUCCACACCAACCCGCAUGCGUAGUUCUCGAUUCUGAAUGGAGCUUGAUGUCAAGUGAGAAUCUUUUUUCAGACAUGAUUGUAGAUUCACAGAGAACCGUGAAAGGAUCAUCACGUACUGAUGGUUCAAAGCAUCUUCAAGAGAGUAGCUUUUCUCUACCAACAGGCAACCUAUCAGAUGAUCAAGAUGGAAAGGAAGAUCACCCACCAUCCUGUUUUGUUCCGGAUUAUUCCGAGGGAACUGAAAGUUUGCCAACCAUAAAGGCACCAUCGAUCGCAGUAUUGAACCCCACUCAACUAAAGAAAUCUGGCGAUGCGGCUUCAGAUGUCGAUGAAGAAUCCAUGGAGGCAACAGUGCUCCAAGAGCUCGUAGAUGUAAUGAGACAGAUGAACCAGAACACCCGAAUUGGCUUUCGGGAUGCCUUUUACCGUCUAGCUAAGGACUUGAAACAAAGACAUGAAUCAAAUGAAAGAAGUGCUGAAUUCAUCAUGGAUGAGCCCUCUAGUGCAACAAUCACAAUGAAAUAUUGAGGUAGGUAAUAUAUGGUAUUGAGGAAAAUCUUCCCACCAUCCUGUAAGCCUCUAUGCAAGUUUAGUGCCAAUUGGGAGGACCCAAGCGCCCUUCAUACGUCAUUCGGGCUAGGGAGAUGAAUCUGUCAUUCCAAAAUCCAGAUUGAAUGUUUUAGAAUCAUCCAGCUGGUGUAAAUAUUGGCAUAUGGCCCAUCCAUGAUGGGCCCUGCCAGGCGAGUGGUCCAGAUGUUUUACAUGUGUCAUGUGUCUGAUGGAGGUUCACAUGCUAAUUUCAGGCGAUCUAUGCAUGUGAGAUCAGCAUUCAUCCUUCUUGUUUUUAUAAUUUCUCAUUCCAAACAAAACAGAGCGUUGCUGAAGUGCAUUUCCUGCCGUGUACAUGAAAAACUGGGAUUUUCAAUGUGAGGGAUCGCCAUGUAGGUGGGUCGUAGCCAAAAAUCACACUGAUUGUGCAAUCCUAACCAUCUCAUUGUGUUUUUUGCCGACUGUUGCUCAUUUUUUUCCUCAACUUUGAGUGAACAAUCCAUUUGCAGGCCCUUGAUUGGAAAGAUAUCAUAGUUUGAUCCGUUGCUUUCUUUUGGGCCAUGGCCCAUCUACUCAAUGGCCCAUAAAAAACCAGGUUGUGUUCCUAUCAUGCAAACACAUUUACAAAAUUCAUCACAACAAAUUGAAAUUUGAACACUGUUGUCAGAUGUCUUCAAUCUGACUGAGAUCAAGGGUUUGUCGAUGCCAUCGAUAGACCACUCAAUGCCAUUGAGAAAAUCUAGAAAAAUCUCAGUUGUUCACUGUACAAUUUUGGAGUUGUUAUUCUAUGCCAUCAAAGGUAGCUUCGAUGUCAUCGACUGGUCUUCGAUGGCUGUCGAUGCCAUUGAAGGUCUCAUCGAAGGUGCGUGCGGAACUGUGUGAGUGUGCGAUUUGUUUCUAAUUCCAGUUGUGAUAGUAAAUAUAUCGGGUGUAAUCGGGAUUAAGGUAUUCUAAGUGAAUGUGAAGAUGUUCCUAAGGUGUUCCAAAGUAAAGCUAGGAUUUUGAGAAAGGAUUUUGGUGUUGUUCGGAUCGAUAAGUCCAUCCAUCUCUUGUAAUAUUGCUUCGUAGUGGAUUGUUUGUCGCUUUGUGCUGUGGUUUUUUCCCGCAAGAGUUUUUCCACAUAAAAAUCUUUGUUUGUGUUUGAUUUCACCUUGUUUGAUUGAAUUCGGGUUUGCUUCUGUGCGAUCUCCAACAAAAACUGCCCAAAUCACUUUCUUAACAACUUUCGAACAUUUAUGACCGUGCGGGUAGAACUGUUUGCUCUGUUGAUCAAAAUACAACAGUUGAUCCUCAGGUUUGGUAGGACGAAUCAAUGGGACCAUGACGACGUGAUGCAUCCUAAACUGAACUGCGGCCACCAGACCUUUCAUGCGCAGCAUUGAUACAUCUCAACAGGGAAGAACUUGAGAUACCCACAUCAAACAGUUACAGUUUGAAUCAGCCCACAGCCAUCCCUUGCCCCCAUUUGCCGGCGUCCUUACAUCCAACAUCAGCAGUCCGCCAGUAUAUGGAUUUUCAAGAUACCAGAAUAUAUUCUAGAUAUAAGUUGUCAUCAGGACAGCAAUGUCGGCCCUGCCAGCAACAAAUACAUUGUUUCAACAAACAGUUCUGCACAGCGAAUUCAACUGAAAUGAACAAAUAGCAACCUGAGAAAGCUGUUGUUCAUUAAUGGUUGCCUUUGCGGAUGCCCCAUGCAUGCCGAAUUGGCACACAUGCGCAAGAUCCCGCUGGCUCUUUAAAUGGGUACCAGUAUUCAUAUGACCUGACCCAAGAUCAGUCUCCUAUCAGGUGGGCCAUGCCUGUAAGCUGAAACUGUCCACUUGCUGUCGACUGUAGCUGAUUGUGUAAUAUAGAAGGAACUUCACAUAGAGCUACUACUGAUAAAAGGCAAUCCAAGAACUUUCUUUAUAUAUAUUAGAGAUCAUGAGAUUGUAAAGUUAUUGUAAUAUAAAUGCGAAAAAUACAAUAGAAGAUUGGACCACUGGUGUGAUCACAUUCGAUUGAAAUGGGCGAUCAGUUGGAUACGGAUUAGCAACUUGAGAUGUUUAA